CACUGCAUAAUUAUGUGAGAACAUUGAGAAUUGAGAAACUAUAUGGCAAAUAAUGGCAAGAAAUAUUAGCUCCCCUCCUCCCCCCGGCCUUAUUCCAGCCACCCUGUUUGAGCUUUAAACGGACUCCGGUAUACUUAUAUGAUCAUAAUUGUAUUUGUUUUCAGUAAAGUUUCAAUUUCAGUUUGUCAGACUAAACUAUAUAACUAUCUGUAUAAUAGGCGUAUGAUAGUACAUGCAAUAACUCUGUUAGGUUUCAAUGACUCAGUGUUUGUGUUUCACACACAAUCAUAGUUUUGUCUACCACUUUUUUCGUGUUUGCUUCAGCAGUAGGUUGAAGGCACAAAAUAGAUAAUAUUAUCUUUUUGCUAGCAAGUGUUUAGUUUGAAGAUGACGACACUUGGAAUAUUUGUGAUAGUACUACAGGUAGUUUUAGUGUCCAGUCAAGAAUGCCCAACAUGGUUUAUACGCCAAGCAAACAAGUGUGAGUGUGGACAGCAGAUCAAUACUAUAUUGCAGUGCUCAAAUGUGACAAACAAGACAGAAAUAUUAGAGGGUUUCUGCUUAACUUACAACAAUGAUACAGAGCAUUUUGGAGCCUGCCCAUACAACACAAAUAGUCGACUAUCACAACUCAUGGAUGUACCCUCUGAUGUAUCAAAGCUAGAUGAGGAGAUGUGUGGUCCUCUCAAUCGCACAGGGCUGCUCUGUAGUCACUGCCAACCAGGACUGGGACCGGCCGUCUUCUCGUACUACAAAGAGUGUAAGAAAUGCAUACCACAGCCUUUAGGAUGGUUACUCUUCUUUGUCAGGCUUACAGUACCAUUGACUUUGAUCUGUGUUAUUGUUAUUGUGUUCCAGAUAAAUAUCGCCUCUCCAGUUCUGAAUAGCUUUGUUUUGAUGGCUCAGGUGCUAAACACAGCAUUGUGUAGAAACGACCCAUUUGCUAUAAGCGGAUAUACACCUUCUUAUUCCUUUUAUAAAUUUGUCACUGAUUUUAUGGGGCUAUUCAAUUUGGACUUCUUCAUGUUCCUAAUUCCUUCGUUUUGUAUCAGUGAGCACAUGAACACACUUACAGUAGUAGCAUUGGAGUACCUAGCAGCUCUAUAUCCAAUCGUUUUCACUUUGGUUGUGUACUUGUUCAUUUCACUCCACGACAGAGGAUGCAAGAUAAUUGUAAUUUGCUGGAGGCCAUUUCACAAGUGCUUAGCAAGGUUUCGAAGACGCUGGGAACUAAAAGCUCCUGUAGUGAAUGCAUUUGCAACUUUGUUUUUACUAUCCUACAGCAGGUUUUGCUCGAUUUCUUUAAACGUCUUGAAGCCAAUACCUUUAUAUGACAAGUACGGAAAUGUAACAUACACUCUCUUCUUCGCAGCUGAUUUCAAAAUGAACACAUAUAUUCCACUCGCUAUACUCUCAUCAAUCCUCACUAUUACCAUGGUACUCCUACCAGCAGUGUUUCUGCUAUUCUACCAGAAUCGUUUCUUUCAGAGAUGUCUCUUUUCCUGCAAAAUCAAAUGUGUUCUAAUUCACGAGCUAGCAAACAUCACACAGGGCUAUUUCAAGAACGGCACAACACCUGGUACUAGGGACUGUCGAUGGUUUGCUGGAGUCUACCUACUGCUGAGAAUAAUAUUCAUAGCCUCUAGUGCACAGACGUACCACCUUAUUGUGUGCCAAAUGAUGUUAAUUAUUACACCUGCUAUCAUCCUUGGCUUACGACCAUACAAGAAAGACCGUUACAACUAUUUCGAUGCUUUUCUUUUAAUAGUGUUGGCGAUAGGGACAUCUUGGUACACUUAUCGCGAAGCAUACAAGAGUACUGGAUGGCUUUUUGUGGUGAUUAUUGCUACAGGAAUACUAAUGCUGUACAUCGUAUUGUUCAUUUCAUGGACGGUAUCUGCUCUCCCUAGGCGUACUUUCAGCUGCUGCCGCGGAAGACGAGUUACACACCAAACAGGAUCGUCUACAGAUAACGAAGCCCUUCCACAUCGUAUCAGCGACCCAAGCGAAUACGCACCGUUGUUACCACCAACCACUUGAAUACAUUUUCAGCUGUUAGUAGAAUAUACGUAGCACAUGUAGAACAAUUACUAUUACUGUAUUAUGCUCACUGUAAUUAUUAUGACAAACACUCAGGGUUUGUUUUUAAACACAAAAAUAACAUACAUUGCAUGGAAAUUCUACCUUACAACAUUAUAUAUGUACAGUGUUGUAUGCAUGUAAUUUCAGAAUCUACAUAAGGGGAUCG